AUGAAAUUAUUUGCUAUUUCAUUCAAUCAACCAAAGUUUGGCCCAACACCCAUUUGGGAUUCUAAUGGAAUUACUUUUGCUGAUCAAUCGAUUGUCGGUGAACAUCCUCUCGCUAUUUUUGUGAGCAAAAACGACACAAUCUAUGUCGCUAAUCAAGAAGAUAACACAAUUGUAAUAUGGCAAGAAGAAAGUGUCAAUCCAACAAAGAUCAUUUCUGGUAAUUUUACAGCAUCCAAUUCUCUCUUCGUGACAUCGAAUGGUGACAUUUAUAUUGAUGAUGGCGAGGAGAAUGGUCGAGUGCAGAAAUGGAGUGCAGAAACCAAUACCUUUGUCACAGUGAUGAAUGUUAUCUCAUCAUGCUAUGGUUUGUUUGUCGAUGUCGCUGAUACUCUCUACUGUUCAAUGUCUGAUCAUCAUCAAGUAGUGAAAAGAUCAUUAAAUGAUUCUGUGAUGAUUUCAAAUGUUGUUGCUGCUGGAACAGGUGUGGACGGGUCAGCCUCGAAUAAACUCGGAGAUCCUCGUGGAAUCUUUGUCGACGUGAAUUUGGAUUUAUAUGUGGCAGAUUAUAAUAAUGAUCGUGUUCAAUUGUUCCAGUCGGGAGAAUCAAAUGGUAUCACAGUAGCUGGAAGUACAUCAGUAAAUCCAACAAUUACACUAGAGUGUCCAAACGGAAUUGUGUUAGAUGCUGAGAAAUAUUUAUUCAUUGUAGAGCAACGUUAUCAUCGUAUUGUUGGUUCAGGCUUGAAUGGUUUUCGAUGUUUAGUUGGAUGUUAUGAAAAGAGUUCACAAUCCAGUCAAUUGUCUAGCCCAUUUAGUCUCAGCUUUGAUCAUUCCGGAAACAUAUUUGUUGCUGAUCAAAGAAACUCUCGAAUUCAAAAAUUUUUACUGAUGAAAGAUUCUUUUGCUCUUUCAUUCAAUCAGCCACAGUUUUGCUCAAAAGCCACUUGGAAUUUCAAUGGAAUUACCUUUGCUAAUCAGUCGAUUGUCGGUCAAUAUCCUCUUGCCAUUUUUGUGAGCAAAAACGACACAAUCUAUGUUGCUAAUCGAGAGAAUAACACAAUAGUAAUGUGGCAUGAAGAGAGUAUCAAUCCAACAAAGAUCAUUCACGGUAAUUUUAUAGCAUCCAAUUCUCUCUUCGUGACAUCGAAUGGUGAUAUUUAUUUUGAUGAUGGUCACAAGAAUGGUCGAGUACAGAAAUGGAGUGCAGAAACCAAUACCUUUGUCACAGUGAUGAAUGUUAUCUCAUCAUGCUAUGGUUUGUUUGUCGAUGUCGCUGAUACUCUCUACUGUUCAAUGUCUGAUCAUCAUCAAGUAGUGAAAAGAUCAUUAAAUGAUUCUGUGAUGAUUUCAAAUGUUGUUGCUGCUGGAACAGGUAUUCAAGGAUCAGGCUCGAAUGAACUCGAUGGUCCUAAGGGAAUCUUUGUCGAUAUGAAUUUGGAUUUAUAUGUAGCAGAUUGUUUAAAUGAUCGAGUUCAGUUGUUCCAGUUAGGAGAAUCAAAUGGCAUCACAGUGGCUAGCAGUGCAUCAAUAAAUCCACCACUUGAUUGUCCAGCUGGAAUUAUAUUAGAUGCCGAGAAAUAUUUAUUCAUUGUGGAUCAAGGCAAUAAUCGCAUUGUUGGUUCAGGCUUGAAUGGUUUUCGAUGUUUAGUUGGAUGUUAUGACAAGACUUCACAAUCCAGUCAAUUGAAUAAUCCAUUUAGUUUUAGUUUCGAUCGUUAUAGAAACAUAUUUGUUGCUGAUCAAUCAAAUCAUCGAAUUCAAAAAUUUCAAUAUUUGGAAGAAUCAUGUGGUAAUUCAUUAGCUAUAGAAACAACGUAUUUAUCAUCGUUAACACCAAACAGUUCAAUUUAUUUUCAAGAUUGUUCAACAUUAGAUUCGUAUUAUGAAGCGAUACAAGCGAACGUCACUGUAACUGUGAAUACUUCAUCAGUUGUUCAAACAACUUAUACAUCAGAACUGACAAGGAACAGUUCAAAGUAUAUGGUUAGUUGUUCGGUGGCAAGUUCUUAUUAUAAAGCGAUACAAGUGAAUGUUCAUAAAAGUGGUUAUUACACUUUCCUCAGCGAAAGCACUAAGGACACAUACGGCGUUAUUUACGAAGAAUAUUUUAAUCCACCCAAUCCAAAUAAAAAUCGACUCUUAGACGAUGAUGACAGUUGCAAACUACGUCAGUUUAGAUUCACAAUUGCUCUUGAAACCAGUAUCACAUAUAUAUUGGUUGUGACAACGUGGUCUCCUGGUAUAGAAGUUGCAUUCUCAAUCUUGGUAUCGGGUCCAAAUAAUAUUGAUCUCAAGAGUAUUAGUUCUCCAUCAACCAUCCAGAAACCAUAUUUAGAUGCUGUACAAUCGGCCUAUUCGUCAGAACUGACAACAAAUAGUCAAACAUAUUCUCGAGAUUGUCGAAAAUUAAAUUAUUAUUAUGAAACUAUACGAAUGCGUGUAGUAGAAACUGGAAGCUAUGCUCUGAUUAGUAAUAGUAGUAUGGAUAUAUUUGGUUAUAUUUACGAAGAUGAUUUUAAUCCAAUGAAUCCUUUCGAGAAUUUACUGCCACAGGACUAUCGAGCAUGUAGUUCUCCAGAUUUCAAGUUGAUCGCUGAUCUUUACACUGGCACUUCAUACAUAUUAGUAGUGACUACAUCUUCUCCGAAUAUGCUAGGAAACUUUUCCAUUCGAACAUCUGGCCCAAAUAAUAUCUUUCUUGAUCCUUACACUCAAAUUCUAAGGAGUUGUUUCAUUGGUCAAAAAUGUCAGUUCUACAAAAAAAGUAUUGGUGUCACUCUCGAUGAUAUUUUACGUGACGAAAUUCGAUCGAACAUGACAUUUACUGAUCAAACAAUAUUGGUGAAAAUCAAUGCCGCUUUAACAAUGAUUAUGUUUGUUGGAGGUUUAAUCAAUAGUAUUUUGUCUUUAAUAACAUUUCAAAAUAAAGAUUUACGAAAAGUUGGAUGUGGCAUUUAUCUCUUGGCAUCAUCAAUUACUUCUUUUCUUACAAUCAGUAUGUUUACAGUGAAGUUUUGGUUUGUUGUUCUCACUCAAAUGAAUCUAUCGAUUCCAGUUUCUGUUGUUCGAGGAGGUUGUGUAUCGAUUGAACCUCUUCUCAAGCUUUGUCUAUAUUUGGAUGCUUGGCUCAAUGCUUGUGUAGCCAUUGAAAGAGCGAUUCUCGUUUUCAAAGGAGUUAAUUUCAGUAAACAAAAAAGUCAACAAAUUGCUCGAUGGAUACUUCUCAUUUUACCAUUCUUUAUCAUGGGCUCAAUUACUCAUGAACCUAUACAUCGAGAAUUACAUGAGAUAAAAACAGAGACAAACAGAGCGGUGAUUGAUAGAUGGUGUAUAACUCGUUAUUCUCCUUCUGUUCAACGAUACAAUACAAUCAUUCUAUUUUUUCAUCUUGUCGCUCCAUGUAUUGUCAAUCUUUGUUCAGCUCUAUUCAUCAUACUCGGAUCAGCCCAACAGCGAUCAGCAGCUCAAACAAGACUAACUCUAAGAGAACAUAUUUAUGAUCAAUUUCGUGAACACAAACAAUUAUUGAUUAGUCCGAUUAUUCUUCUAAUUCUGUCCUUACCCCGUCUGAUUAUAUCAAUGUUAUCUGAAUGUGUCAAUCCAUCGAACAAUCGAUUAUUAUUUAUUUUUGUACCAAGUAAUUAUGCACAACAACAACAAUUAUCAGCUGCAUCACAAGGUUAUACAAAUCAAUCACCUACACAAUAUAUUGCUGCACCACAACCAGCAAAUAAUAAUUCAUCAAAUUCUUCUUCAUCAUCAUCUUCAUCUGUUACUCCGACAGCAGCGAUAGUAACAUCAUCUUCAGCGAUUCAGUCUCAACCAACAUCUACUAUUAUUUCACCACAAAAACAAAGUGCUGCAUCAGCAACAGCAGCUGCUCUUCAACAACAACAACAAUAUCAACAUGCUCAGUAUUCAUCAGCACAACAACAGCAGCAACAGCAAGCCGCAAACGGUGCUCAUAAUACAAAUGUUUAUUAUGCAGCAAUAGCUCAAGCACAAGCUCAACUUACUGCUCAAGUACAGGCCCAACAACAAGCUGUAGUCUUAGCACAGCAUCAACAACAACAACAGCAGCAACAGCAACAACAGUUUAAUUUAUAUUCUCAAAUGCAAUAUGCAACUCAACAAGGUAUUCCACAACAGAUGUAUUAUGCUGCACCCGGUGGUCAAACAAUAUAUCAAGCAGGUGGACAGAGUUAUGUAAUUGCUCAACCAGGAACAACAACUACCGGAGCUCCGGCAAUGUAUUCUGCAGGUCCUGCAUUACAUAAUGGUGUUGCUCAACAACAAAAUCAACAACAAUCAGCACAAUCUCAACAACAAAUAGCUUAUCAAAUUGCUGCAGUACCUGGUCAAUCAGCUAAUGCAACUUAUCAAAUGCUUAGUGCUGCAUCUAAUAUGAAUGUUUCUGCACAACAACAAGCAAAUGCAGGUGCUGGUGUUGUUGCUCAACAAGCAGCCCAACUUGUACAACGUUCAAGUGUAAUACCACAAGUACGACAUCAUCCAUAUAGAAAUCAAUAA